UGCAUUUCCAUGGUGUUCACUCACUCAGUAUCUCUGGGUUUGGCUGGUAGAGGAGCUUAAUACUCUCUCAUAGACAGACACACAGGCUGAUGUACAAUCCGUUUCAUCAAUGUGUAUGGUCAUAUUUGCUCCGCUUUUUGCUGUUUUAGCAUUUGCAACAUGUGGGGGGUAUACGGGACAGAUACUGGUUAAAGUGCAAUGUGCAGACAAAACCCAUAACAAUAUCAGUAUCAGUUUCACCUACCCAUUCAGACUCCAUCAGGUACAUUUCAGUGCUCCUCUAUGUGAAGGUCCAAAGAAAGAGACUCUCUUUCUCGAAGGGGAUUAUGCUUCAUGCUCUCAGUUUUUCGUCACUGUGUCGGUCCUGGCUUUUCUCUAUUCCCUCUUGGCCACAAUAGUUUACAUCUUCUACCAGAACAAAUACAGAGAGAAGAACAGAGGUCCAGUAGUUGACUUCUUGGUGACAAUAGCUUUCUCUAGUCUUUGGCUGGGGAGUUCAGUUACCUGGGCUAAGACUCUGUCUGGAGUGAAGACAGCCACUGAUGUGCGUCAGAUCCUGCUGUUAAUGUCUGCAUGCAGAGCUCAGGAGAACCUAUGCCAGGUCCUGCAAGAGCCCAUAUGGACAAAUCUUAACAUGUCUGUGGCCUUUGGUUUUUUGAACUUCUUCCUUUGGGCUGGUAACAUCUGGUUUGCCUACAAAGAGACAGGUUUGCACAAGUCCACCCAGCGAUAUCCGUCCAGAACUCCCUCUGAGAAACGCAGCAGCUUCAGGCAAUAUAGUCAAACCAGUUUUGAUCAAUCUGGAACUGGCUUUGGCCAGAGGCUCUACAACCAGGGGAGUUUUGACUUAUCGAGUGGAGGCUUCAGCCUACCCCAAACUAAUUUAGGACAGCCAAUGCUGUACCGACAGGUGGGGAGUCCCACAUCCAGAGGCCCUCUCAUAUUUGUUAAUGAGAUCUGAGAUAGAGAGUGUGGGUUGAGAGGAGAAAGAAAAAAAAAGCUGCCUAAACUGAUUUAUUCUCAGUAGUAACUCAGUAAUAUCAGUAAUAACUAUCAGUAAUAACUGAUAUUUCUCACAUAUGAUUGGAAAUUGUAGAAUUUUUGUAGAUAUCAGUCUGCACACUGUUAUUUAUUUGUUUGAAAGUCCCAACAGAAGUUCCACCGGGAUGCAGUAUUUAACCUCUUUUGCAUCCUUAAUAUUUACGUAUUAUAUGCAUUCAAACUAAUUUAGCAUUGUCUCAAAUUUGGGUUAUAUAAUAUAUUGUUACUGUAUAUAUAUUUGUACAAUAUAGUUGUUAAGAUUCAGUGAUACUUACGUAGUAUUUUAAAGUGUAGCAUAUCUACAUCUACAGUUUACACUAUCUGUUUAAAUAUUUCCCUUACAAAAAUACUGUGGUAAUACUAUAUGCAUUGAUACACUGUAUGCCAUGGUACUGUGUGAUUACCAUAUUCAUAUAGUAUGGUAUUUACAUGGUACUCCAAGGUCCUUCAAAGGUGAUAUUACCAUGGCAUUACUAUUACAUGGUUGGGUCCAAAAAAAUACUAAUACCAUGGAUUAUUGUAAUACCAUAGUAAUAAUAUAGUAAUAACCUUGUAAAAAAAAUUCUAUUUGUAUUUACAAGGCAUGUACAACACACACAUCACUUGUUUUUUAUGUUCUGUCAUGAAUAAUGAUUCAUUACCAGUAGACAGCUGGGAUAAUAUGACUUGAGUCAGAGAGAGAUAAGUCCUGAAAUCCUGAAAUCCGAGGGGUGAUGACCAGUCAGAGAUCUUUUUAAUGAAUCUUUUUUGUCUAACCACACACAGUGUUCAGUGAAAUGCAUGCAUAAGGAUGAGUCUCUCUGAAAAAAAUCCAAUGCAGUAAUGUCGGUAUAUAGUUCCAAUGUAUUAUGAGAUUCAAAAUUGCUCAAAUGUUAUGUAAAUUGAUUGUAAUUGUGUCGAUCGUCACUGCGUCUUAUAAUUAGGUAAUAAAAUAAUACUUAU